AUGAGAAACCAUACACCUGUAACGACUUUUAUUCUUCUCGGGCUGACAGAUGAUCCUCAAUUACAGGUGAUCAUUUUUCUUCUUCUUUUUUUCACCUACGUGUUGAGCGUCAUUGGAAACCUAACCAUCAUCACCAUCACUUUACUGGAUUCACAUCUCAAGACACCCAUGUAUUUCUUUCUUCGGAAUUUCUCAUUUUUAGAAAUAUCUUUUACAACUGUCUGUAUCCCUAAAUUUCUAUUUAGCAUAGCUUCAGGGAAUAAAACCAUUUCUUAUAACAAUUGUGCAGCACAGCUGUUUUUUACUAUUCUUUUGGGGGCAACAGAAUUCUUCCUCCUAGCUGCUAUGUCUUAUGACCGCUACGUGGCCAUCUGCAAACCCCUGCAUUACAUGACCAUCAUGAGCAGCAGAGUCUGCAACCUGCUGAUCUUUGCUUCAUGGUUAUCUGGUUUCCUAAUCAUUUUCCCACCUCUUCUUAUGGGUCUCCAGCUUGACUUUUGUGCAGAGAACACUGUAGAUCAUUUCUUCUGUGAUGUUUCUCCGAUAUUGCAGCUCUCUUGCACAGACACGUAUGUCAUAGAUUUAAUGACACUUCUUUCGGCCAUCUUGACACUUGUGGUUACACUGGUGUUAGUGAUUCUCUCCUAUGCAAACAUUAUCAAGACUAUUUUGAAAAUACCUUCGGCGCAACAAAGGAAGAAGGCUUUCUCUACUUGCUCAUCACACAUGGUGGUGGUCUCCAUUUCUUAUGGCAGCUGUAUCUUCAUGUAUGUGAAACCCUCUACAAAGGAAAGGGUGUCUCUAAAUAAAGGGAUCGCUCUGCUUAGUACUUCUGUUGCCCCCAUGUUAAAUCCCUUCAUCUAUACCCUGAGAAACAAACAAGUCAAGGAUGCUUUCAAACACCUGGUCAAAAGAUGCUGA